AUGCUCACUCGAAUCGAUCAAAUGAACCGAAGGAAGAGAAGAAGAAUCAUCACUUCAGUUCAUUAUGUGUUUUUCACAUUCACUUUACUCCUCCCUCUCGUCUUGUCCGCCGAUUCAUACUCCGAUCCAGGUCCUCAACUUCAAUUCCGACCUCAUCAAGUGAUUAAACCCUCUCGUUUGAUGACAUGGUUUGAAUCAUUCUUUGAUUCCAAUCCUAAAUCACCUUUGGACCUUAGUCUUACUCUCCGAGAGUCUCAUUCAAAGCAAAAAAAUCCACCGCCGCCACCUCGACCACCGCCGCCUUCACCUCCUACUCCGUGCUCUACUCAAUAUCUCGAUCAGUAUCCUGCUCCUCUUCAAACCGCUCCUCCAUCCGCUUACGCGCCUUACUAUGGUCCGGGAUAUCUGACUAAGCCGCGUGACGAACUCGAUCCUCCAGAUGCACUACCAACGCAACCCGCUCUAGUUCAUCAACCUGGUAGUCCAGCCUUUCGAGCCCUUGGCAAACGUUGGGCUGGCUAUGCUACUGUCACUGUCUUUGUCAAUACCAUAACUGUCACCGCGGGCGCAAAUGGAAACGGAUUACAGGUAGUGACUGUCACGGUUGGCGAUACCUCUGGACAGCAGGGCGGUGGCACGGUGACAGUUACUGUCGCAGGUGCAACACAAACUGUUGGAGCUGGAGGAAAUGUGGUGGUUGUAGGACCUCAGACCACCUCAACCCAAACUGUGUUCAUGACACCUACACCAACAAUCGUACAUUCAACUUCGACUAUGACCAUUGGUGUUGGUGGAAGUGUUGCCACUGGUGUUGCUAAACCUGGUUCAUCUGUACAAGAUGAGAACAAUGGAUUGCCUGGUGAUAGACCUUGUCAACCUGGUGAAGAAAGUCUUCGAUACCCAGGAAAACUUGCACCUACCAAUCCUACUCAAACAUCUACCUUGUUUGCGAUCGGGGUUUAUUUUGUUUUUAUACUUGUCAGUUGGAAUUUAUAUAUCAUUCGACAAUUGAUUUACCCGAUCAAAUUAUUGGUGGUGGCUUGGCACGAGUUUGGUCAUGUGGUAGCUUGUGCUUGUUCUGGUGCUAGAUUAGAUAGUGUGACUAUUGAUCCUAAUGAGGGAGGGGCAACUCGAAUGGAAGCUCAAAUUUACCCUGCAGCCGGUUUACCCGCCGGAUACCUUUCUUCUUUCCUCUUCGGUGGAGUCAUGCUCUUUUGUGGAUUCGACACUUUGGCUUCCAAGUUGAGUACUUUGUGUCUCGCUGUUGCACAAAAGAAUGAAAUCAAGUCCUGGGGAUCUGUCUGGGUGAUAGGUCUUAUGAUUGGUUUUUGGUUCAUUGAUCAUGCUGGAAUCUUGAGGUACUUUGUUUUGUUUGUUGGAGUGAUGAGCUCUUGGUAUGUCUUAUUCGACGUUAUGGACGAUUUUGUCUUUAGAAAGAUGAAUCCUUGUUGUCCGGUCAUGUUUGAGGAACGAUUCCCAAUGGUCAAAGCUGGUAUUUGGGCUUUAAUCUGGACUAUACUUGCUGCUGUUAACUUUGUGGCUUGGAUCUUAUUGUCUUUGACUGUUUGGAGAGGAACACCUCGUGGAAUGUUCUGUCAAAGUCAACAGUUUUUACCUACUUGA